GCAUGCCAUCCCUCCCUCUUUCAAAGUGGUCUAUCGCCUCUACUGCCAGUACUGGUCAGACCAAUGCUAGAUUCUACAUUGUGUAUAACUAGUAUAAGCCCACGUAGUUCGUGUAGUGCGCAGACAGGCAGUUCUGGAUUCAGGAUUCAGCAAACCACUCAAAAGGUUGUUGCGCCGAUAUCUUCCAGAACAAUUUUAUUUGGCGUGUAUUUGAGAUACAAGCUCAUGUACGAUGGCAAUGCCGUUGGAGGUUCCUGUGGCAAAGGCGAUCCUGUACGCAUUGCUGCCUAUCCUGAUAGCGUGCUAUUUUCUAUUGAGAAAGGGGAAGACGUACGUAAACCUCCCUCCCAUGGUGGAGAAGGGAUACAGUAACUGGACUGGCCAUGUCAGGUUUAUCCUUGCAAAAGGCGACGAAUUUGGUCUACCAUGGAUUCCAAACAUGAAGAAGUUGGCUGAUAGCUGCUCAAAUGGUGUCAUGGCUGUCUAUAGCUUCGGCCCAAAGUGGCUGACGAGACCUACGUACCUUGUGAAGGAUCCUGUGCUGAUUUCAUCCAUGUUAACCAGCAGCAAAGUGAAACGGUUCUCGAACUUGAUGGAGGCCAGCAAGGCCACAAGUGGAGACAAGCACAUUACUGCACUAACAGGGGAUGAACUCAAGCGUCACCGAAAACUAUUGACCGCCUGUAUUCUUGCAAAGAGACCUAUGGCAAGAUUUGUUGAGUUGUUGACAGCUGGCGUGUGUAAAUACCUCGACACUCUGCCAACACCAACCGUUGGUCGUCCACUGGAUUUGAACCUGGCGAAAUCCAAAGCAGUUGGAAUCCUAGUGGUCGAAGCCUUCUCAAACUUUUCAUUUGGUAUCAACAUUUCAUGUCACAGCGAGGACCCAGUUGACGUGGAGAGAUGCAAGAAACUGCACUCAGCCUUGCAGUUCAUGUUCAAGGUGACCGGUGAAAGACUGGUGGCAGGUCCACUAAACUUCUUCCUGAAAAGGGACAUAUGGACCAACUACAAGUUAUGGAAAUUAGGCACGUUCAUCCGGAGAGAAUUCAUUCUGCCUGCUCUGCACCAGCGUAAGGAGGAUAUGUCCAGCGGUGUUCAAGUACCAGAUGAUGCCAUGACAAUGAUGCUGGAAUCUGGCGAUACCGACGAUGCGCCAUUCUCAGAAGAGGAGAUCUGUGAUGAAGGAAUGGUCAUGGUGCAAGCCGGAUAUGAAGCAACAGCGUACACGUUCUUAUGGCUGGUCUAUCACCUUGGGCAACAUCCAGAGCACCAAGAGCUCUGCUUCAAGGAGAUUCGAGAAGUUCUGUCCAAGCAUCCUCCAGGUUCUCAUCUGACCAGUUCAGAUAUAGAGGAGCUGACUCACCUUCAUUGUGUUAUCAGUGAGUCCAUGCGAAUGCAGAGCAUCAAUGAUAGCGCAGCAGCACGUGAUACGGAUGUCGAUUUGGAACUGGGUCCAUAUACAAUCCCAGCCGGAAGUACUAUCUUGGCCGUUGGAAAGUGCAACUCUUUGUCUGAGGAAUCAUUCGAAAAUGCUGACCAGUUCAAGCCUGAGCGUUGGAAGAAUGAUCCCACUGGUGGUGCCAAGCGUCCUGGAGCCGUCAACAUACCGUUUGGCCUUGGCCAGUACAGAUGUUUUGGUCAGCCACUUGCCCUGGUUGCACUGCGGACACUGGCUGCUGUUUGGAUACAGCGCUAUCGCUUUGAGCUACUCUCGGAAGACAUUGAGCGCACUUACCAUGCAACAUGCAGCCCGGGUAACUUGCCAAUCAGAAUGUUCCCACGCUGUGUGUCAUAGGUCAUCCAGUGAUCGUCACCUCCGAAGAGAACUUUCCGAUCUAUUCGACUUCUAAAGUCAAUGCAAACCUUUUUUGAAGUGACACAUGUAUAGUUCUACACAUUGCAGCGGGAGAACUUACUCAAGGUAUUCUGAUAAAAUCCUCCCCAAUUUGAUUCGGCAUGUCUCUCUUCCUCUCUCCCUGUCAUAAUGCCGCCUUUGUGUGGAACUACACUGACUGUACCCACCUUCUCGAUCACUUUGUCAACGCCAUUGUCGUGCGUUUUCACUCUACGGCAACGUUGGUAUGUGGUCACACCUUAUAUGUUCAUGUAUAGCCUCCCUAUUGCUUUGCUUAUGCAGAAUUCCCUAAUUCCCUAACUCCCAGCAUUGAAUCGGGGGGGGGGGGGGGGGGACCUCAACUCAUAUUAACGAAGCAGCAUCAAUACAGAAGGAACGGACACGAUAAUUUACCUUUUUAGCUGAGCUGAUGCUUCAUAUACAUGUACUUCACAUACAUGUACUGCUAUUUCUGAACUCGAUCUUCAGCACGUUCCUGUUGCCUGGUCAAUAAUUAUAUCAAUCCCGCACAAGAAGGUUUUACUUGUAUUAAUUUUCUUGAAGUACAUGCCCUGAAGGGGCAACUUCAAACACAGACCACCUACAUGUAUUUCAGAUUAACACA